AUGGUAGGCAUCGAUGCAAGAAAUAAACAUCUUCUUAAUUCGAAAUAUAUUUGUCCUGUUUGUUCAUUAAUACUACGAGAUCCUGUACAAUUGACUCAAUGUCGCCAUCGUCAGUGCCAAACAUGUACUAAUGUUGAACAACAAACGACAAUUAAAUGUCGGCAAUGUCAAGCAGAAACAUUACAGACGGAGGUACUACUUGAUCAAAGCUUCACAAAUGAAAUGAAAUCAUUACCGAUUGAUUGUUCUUUUUGUCAAUGGAAUGGUGUCUUAUGUAACUAUCAAGAACAUCUCAAUCAGUCUCAUUCAAAUCUUAAAUGUGACUAUUGUGGCAAACAUUUCGAUUCAGCUGAAAAUUUUCAUCAACAUAAAGUCUUUGAAUGUCAACAACUCAUUGUUGAUUGUAUAUUGAAAGACUUCGGUUGUAAUGAACGAAUAAUUCGUGCCAAAAUGGAAGAUCAUUAUUUGACUGAACAACAUCAAAAUGUCUUACUCAAAGUUGCUCGUCAAAUGUUAUCACAAUUAAACGACAGGCAAAUGGAUGUUGAUCUUCCUCGAACAACAACUGCAGGAACUUGUAAUCCUACUAUAGCUCAGUCAGAAGAGCUUGAUGAAAUGCUCAAUAUCUUGGUUGGUGGCAUCGAAGCAUUGACCAAUGAUGAACAACGUCUAACUCAUGAAGCACUUCAAAUGCAAAUAGCACUUUCAACAUUAGCAGCAGAACAAUCAAAAGUUAAAUUAUCCAUUGAAGAAUCAAAUAUUUUCUUAGAAGAAGUAAAACAUAAUCAAGACUUAUCAUCAUUGCAAGAAAACGUCGAUGAUUUGCAGUGUGUUUCAUAUGAUGGAACAUUAGUUUGGAAAAUAACAAACUUCCGCGAGAAAAUGAGUGAUGCACAGUCUGAAAGACAAACGUCAAUUUAUUCGCCACCAUUUUAUUCCUCUCCAAGUGGUUAUAAAAUGAGAGCUCGUCUUUAUUUAAAUGGUGAUGGAAAUGCUCGUCGUACACAUAUGUCACUCUUUUUUGUCCUGAUGCGAAGUAAAUACGAUACAAUUCUCAAAUUUCCAUUCAACUAUAAAGUCACAUUCUGUUUGUACGAUCAAACACCUGCACAACAACAUAUUAUUGAUUCAUUUCGACCGGACAUUAAAUCAAAUAGCUUUCAACAUCCACGAUCUGAAAUGAAUGUUGCUAGUGGUAUUCCUCAGUUUUGUCCUUUGGCAAUAAUUCAACAAGAAGGCAACGCUUAUAUUCGAGAUGAUACAAUGUUCAUCAAAAUUAUGGUUGACUUUGGAGAAACACCCAAAACAUUAUUACCCUACGCUUUAAAUCUCAAUCCAGGUCUACCAAUGCAUGUUCAACAAGCAAUGAUCAAGCAAGAAGCCGAUCGAAGAGCACAAUUAUAA